CUUAUGAGUACUUCAGUAUUAUGUUAGAGAAGACUCUGCUCCUACUGUCUCUUUUACUGGUUGCUUGGCAAGGUGUCACUCAGCUAGGGUUAAGUGGGCCUUUGGAGGACAAGACUUUUUCUGUUCCAGAGGGUAGACUUAGAGUGCAGUAUUUAUACCAGUUUACAUUUGAACCUCCUAUUGUCAGCUUAAAAUUGUCUGGUGAGAAAGAUGGCAUCAUAGAGAUGUCACCGAAGGAAGGGAUUAUUUAUCUGAACGGAUCUCUUGACUGGGAAACAAGGAAGGUCCACAAGCUACAGCUGGAAGGUCUGAAUGCAAAUGGAGACCGAGUGAAAGGUCCAUAUUCUAUCACUAUAAAUGUUGAAGAUAUCAAUGACAACCCACCCACCUUUGAUCAGCCAAAAUACUACGGAAUCGUCAGACAAAGUUCUCGUCCAGGAAAACCCUUCAUGCAAGUCACUGCUUCUGAUCGUGAUGACCCUACCACCCCACAUGCACAGCUGAGAUACAGCAUUCUUCAACAUUUCCCCAACCCUUACCAAGAGAUGCUUUUUCAGAUUGACAACAUCACAGGAGCAAUUUCUACAAGUCUUGCUGGAUUUCAAUAUUUAGAUCCCCUGAAGGAGAAUAAUUUUCUGCUCAUUGUUUCUGUAAAUGAUAUGGCAGGACAAUCAAUAAAUUCUUUUGUUAGCAACGUUGAUGUGAACAUCACUGUGAUGGAAAACCUCUGGAAGUCUCCUCCAUCAGUAAAGAUCAGAGAAAAUGCUACUGAGCCCCACCCUAUCUGCAUCCCGACGUGUCGGGUGCAAUGGAAUGACCCAGGUGCAAAGUAUGAAAUCAUGUCCAAGGAGAAGCCUCCUAUUAAUUUACCAUUUGUGGUUUACCCAAAUGGGAGUAUUUGCAUGACUCAACCACUCGAUAGAGAAGAAAAAGACCUUUAUUCGUUCUUUGUAGCUGCAAAGGAUGAAGAAGGAGACCUGCUGGCCCGCCCAGUGACUGUUGAAGUCGUAGUAGAAGAUAUUAAUGAUAAUCCCCCUGUGUGUGACAAAGUUCUGACUAAAAUUGAAGUUCAGGAGAAUGAAGUUGUAGGGAAUUACAUAGGAACUCUUCGUGCUUCAGACAGGGACCAAAAAGACACGCUAAACUCUCGCCUGAAGUACCGCAUCGUGGACCAAAACCCCAAAGCCCCUCAUGACAAUAUGUUCCGCAUUGAGACAGACACGGGAGUAAUCCACUUAUUUAGUUCUGCAUUGAACAAACAGUCAGUCUCAAAUUACUCUUUGAAGGUGGAAGUGACAGAUUCAGCAUUCCAAACUCUGUGCAAUGUGCAAAUAAAUGUCAUUGAUAUCAAUGAUCAGAUUCCAAUCUUCGAAAAAUCUGAUUAUGGCUCUCUGACUCUUCCGGAAGACCUACCAGUUGGAACAGUAAUAUUGGCAAUUCAAGCUACCGAUGCUGAUGAACCAUUCACUGGAAGCUCUGAAAUUGUGUACAGCAUAACAAAGGGAGACCCAAACAAUACUUUUUCAAUAACAACUAUUCGAAAAACAAACAGAGGCUAUGUUAAAAUUAAUAACGUUCUUGAUUUUGAAACAGCUCCAGUAUACAAUCUUGAAAUCAGUGCCACAAAUCCUGAACCACUGGUGGCUGGAAUACAGUACAAUUCAAGUUCUGUGGCCUACUUGAGAAUUUAUGUCACAGAUGUGGAUGAAGCCCCCGUUUUCAUCAAGAACACCUUUAUAAUUGAUAAGUUGGAAAAUGUUACUGUAGGUUCCUUGGUGACAGAAGCAACGGCCAUUGAUCCAGAGGGAGACCAGAUAAGAUACAAGCUGAGAAACAACAACAGGAAUUGGCUGAGGAUUGACCCUCUAAGUGGUUCUGUAUUUACUGCUGCUCCACUGGAUCGGGAAACGGAACAUACCUACGUAGUGCAGAUUGUUGCAACUGAGCAAACGAAAGCAUCUCAGAGCUCCACAGCACAGCUGAUCUUGAACUUAAAAGAUGUCAAUGAUAACCCUCCAGUGCUUGUGAAGGAUUCUUUGUUCUUCUGCCACCCCCUUCAAGGAAGUGAGACAGCAAAGAUUGAUGUUUCUGAUCCUGAUGAACGUUCGUUUAUUCAUGCUUUCACAUAUACUCUCAUGGGUGGGAACACAAUACAAGACAACUGGGAUGUUGCUAAACCUGAUGGCAGACAUGCUUACAUUUCCCCAAAGCACAAGGAUCUUGAAGCAAAAGAAUAUAACAUCCCAAUAAAAAUUAAUGACAAGGGACGCCCGCCUAUGGAAGGAACCGUCAAUCUGAAAGUAAAUCUAUGUGCAUGUACAGACCAAAAGAUAUGCUUCCAUGAAGUUGACCGUAGCGAUUCGUGGCCAACAGUGGGCAUGGCAGUCGGUAUUCUGGUUGGUGUAUUGCUAAUUAUUGGUGUCAUUCUAGGGUUCGUAUUUCUCCACUUGAAACGCAAAAAGCAGUAUGAAAUGAAGGCCUCCCCAGCAAAUGCUGUAAAACCAUCUGAACUGAAAACCCUGACGUAAUUGUUUUACCAAAGGAACACUUCAUAUAUUUUUUUAUUAUUUUGUUGCGGUUCUUUCUCUCAUAAAUGCCCUUUCAGAAGUG